UCCGCCCAGUUUUCCGAUGUUUCAUUGCCCCCGAGUUGAAAAUGGAGUUCGAUCAAACCAGAUGUCCGCCAACUACUCUGGGGAAAUGUAACUCCUAAUAUUUUGACUUAAUAUAUUACCCUCAACCUUGAAAAUAAUUGGAUUUCCCCCCGCUCUAUACGCUUUACCCCACAAUACUCGGACACGUUGACGGAGCGAAGCUGCACAGCUCUUUUCAAGUGUUGUCCUGGACCUGAUUGGCGAAUGGAUGCUCGACAGCCAGCCAUAAAUAACCUGCCAAACGAUGUGUACAGUUUGUACAUUUUAUAAGGAUCUUUAUUCACUUUUGAAAACAACGGAGUCGUGUCGCUCAAGAGGACGAUGCAGAUGUACAAUCUGUUGUGGUCGGAUUUUACUUCAAGGGAAGAUAAAAUGAAUCAUCGGUUGUCAUUCCUCCUCGCAAUUUAGUUCCAGCCAGGAGGCUAGGCUAGCUACUUGGUUUUCAGAGGAGCGCUCAGUUAUGCAUGCUCCAUUGUAGAACAUUUUCCUUUAUCCAUUAUAGGGUGAUUUUUAUGUGGAAGAAAAUGGUGAUAUUUGUGGUAUAUUAUCCCGCCGUCACUGCGUCGUCGAUGCUAUUGCAAGAAUUUGGAUCCCCGUGAGAAAAAAUGAGCGAAGAUUCGACAAAUCCUAACAACGAUGACAGUUAUGCGCGCGUGAGAGCAGUGGUCAUGACUCGGGACGACUCCAGCGGCGGGUGGCUCCCCCUGGCGGGCGGAGGCCUCAGCUGCGUCACCGUCUAUAAGGUCAGCAGGGCGGAGGACGGCGGCAGCACCCACAGUGGAGGGAGCAGCAGCAGCCUGAGCCCCUGUAGCCCCUGUAGCCCCUCUAGCCCCACCUCUGUCGAGUUCCUCAUCAAGGGGGAGCGCCUCAAAGACAAACUGGUGGUGCUGGAGUGUGUCAUCCAGAAGGACCUGGUGUACAACAAGGUGACGCCCAUCUUCCACCACUGGAGGAUCAACGAGAAGAAGUUCGGCCUGACCUUCCAGAGUCCCGCCGACGCCCGCGCCUUCGACCGCGGCAUCCGCCGAGCCAUCGAGGACAUCAACCAAGGGAGUCCUUUGUUCGUGGAAGCAGAGACCCAGGAGGAUGGACUGCAGGUGGGUGAGGAGGCUCCCUCCAUCUGCAGCCCCAUGAAGGAGCCCUUCUCCCCCGUCCACAGCGUGGUCUCCACCGAGCCCUUCAGGGGCUGCUACGUGCGCGCCCAGCCCUUCUCCGAGUUCCCCCCCAGCACCCGCCGCUACCUUCCCCCACAGGGGACCUUCAAGUCCACGCGCCACGUCAGCUUCCACAUGGACGAGGAGGAGAUCGUCCGCAUCAACCCCCGCAAGGACGUGCUGAUCCGGGGCUACGAGGACUACCGCCACCCCGUCAUGUGGAAACAGGACGCGGAGCACCGCGACGCAGACUUUCCCGCCGCCUUCCACAAACUGGACAGCAAGAAGUGCGAGUACCUCUUCCCCGAGGGGCCGGGCGGGGACGGACACCCCGGGCCCGGCUUGGGCAUGGGGACGGGCAUGGGCCUGGGACUGGGCAAGGACUCCUCCAUCAAGACCCAGCCGUCCCCCAUGCACAAGUCCAAGAAGGGGCGCCGGCGGCGGGAGGACGGGGAGCGCUCCCGCUGCAUCUACUGCCGGGAAAUGUUCAACCACGAGGACAACUGGCGGGGGCAGUGCCAGGACGCGCCGGACCCCAUCAAGCAGUGCAUCUACAAAGUCAGCUGCAUGCUGUGCGCCGAGAGCAUGCUGUACCACUGCAUGUCCGACUCGGAGGGCGACUUCUCGGACCCGUGCUCGUGCGACACCUCCGACGAGCAGUUCUGCCUGCGCUGGCUGGCCCUGGUGGCGCUGUCCUUCAUCGCGCCGUGCAUGUGCUGCUACCUGCCGCUGCGCGCCUGCCACCACUGCGGCGAGGCGUGCCACUGCUGCGGCGGGAAGCACAAGGCGGCGGGCUGACCAAGCCCCUCUAAGCCGAACUCGUCGACCCCACCAAACCUGGACACCCCCCAAACCAAGCUAAAAAGCUAAAGCUAACACAGGAAGUGCGUCAAUGCGGAAAUACGUCCUUGUUUUCAUGCCCCUCUCCGGGGAGAGGUGACACGUUGAUCCCCCCCCCCCUAGCUCAGAGGGCUUUUGGAGAUUUCAGUUUGCGUUUGUCGCCGACAACCAGCAAUGGAGGACCAACCCUGUGCUUUGCAGGAGCUCUGAGCGUCCAGCCGAGCUCAGGAGCUCACCUGAGGAGAAGGAGGCGGAGGUGGUGUGGACGGGAGGCAUUGAGAUUAACAGACUUGGAGAUAUUACUAAACACGCCUGUACAAAUACACGAAUAAACACACGCACACAAACACACACACACACACACACACAUACACACACACACACACACACACACACACACACACACACACACACACACACACACACACACACACACACACACACACACUCAACACA